AAGAGAGCCGCAGCCCCCCUCUGAACACUCUGUCUGUGUGUGUUUGAGGCUGUGUAGGGGGGGUCCGCCUGAUGUCAUUUGGCAGAAGGGGAGGCACAGCUAGUGGUGGGCACACGGGUGGGAAGCAUAACAAUAACGGCACCGAUUCAUCGUUCAUGUUGGGGCAUUUAAACUCGCAGUGUUUUUAAAGCGUCUGGCUGUGGUCCGGAGCAAGAGAAGAGGAGGGCAGCUGGCUGGCUAAUGGGCUGAAAGUACCAGAUGCUAUUCCAGCAGAGAAGAAGAACGGACUCUCUUCAGCGAGACAGGGUGAUGGGUUCUCGUUUUCCUGACGGGUAACCGUGAACCUACGCUCGAAACGCGGAUAUUUCGGAGAGUGGGAACUCGCUCCGCAUCCCUUGGACUUCAGUAGGUGUGACAUUGUGUGUGAAAUGCCGUCGAGCAGCCUCUGGGCCGCAGCUCGGCUCAUCGAGCCCGAAUCUGGGAAAUAGCUAGCUAGCUGUCUGCUAGCAGCAGCUGUACCCGAUGCUGCUGCUGCUGCAGCGGCUGCUCCUAAGCGGAUCCGUACCACAACACAACCAGUCCGGGGCCUCAGCGCAGAGUGAGCCUUUGUUUUACAUUACUGGACUUCAGCGGGGCUUUUGAGAUGUGAUGCUUUUGUGCGUCACAUCAGAGCCUUUUGUAGCUGGAGGCUCGCGCUUGCUUGACGCGAAGUGGCUAACAUUGCUGCAAAAUGCACAGCAGACCCUCAACAGCAGGCUCCUGUUGAAGGGGGCGAGGUUGGACAGAUAACAGCCUACCCCGAGUCUCUUUGAACAGCCGGGGGGGGUCACGUUUGGACAACCACUACCACAUUUCCCCCUGUGCCGAAACUCACCGCUUCUUCUCCAGGCGACAUGGAUAAACUGACGAUCAUUUCAGGAUGCCUGUUUCUGGCUGCAGAUAUCUUUGCAAUAGCCAGUAUUGCAAACCCAGACUGGAUCAACACUGGUGAAUCAACAGGCGCCCUUACAGUUGGUCUUGUCCGGCAGUGUCAGACUAUACACGGACGAGAGCGGACCUGUAUCCCGCCGCGACUGCCCCCUGAGUGGGUCACUACACUCUUCUUCAUCAUCAUGGGCAUCAUAUCCCUCACAGUCACCUGUGGACUACUAGUUGCGUCGCAUUGGCGCAGAGAAGCCACCAAAUAUGCCCGCUGGAUUGCCUUCACUGGCAUGAUUCUGUUCUGCAUGGCAGCGCUCAUCUUCCCAAUAGGCUUCUACAUCAACGAGGUGGGAGGUCAGCCAUACAAGCUGCCCAACAACACGGUGGUGGGCUCCUCGUACGUGCUGUUUGUCCUCUCCAUCUUCUUCACCAUAGUGGGACUGCUGUUUGCAGGAAAGGUUUGCCUCCCAGGCUGAGAACUCCUCCACCCUGGCCUCGGGAUUGACUCUGGAGGCUCUGAAAGUAUUAUGGGAUUUCCAAAACUACAGACAGAAAAUCAAAAAAACGACAAACUUUUGCCCUCAAAGCCCGAGACGGGGAAGGCGACGCUUACGUUUCAAGGGACCGCAGCUCCACAGAGAACUACUUGGAGAUGAAUAAAUGAACUAAACACUAAAAGGGGACAUGAGCACAACAGGGUGGAGGCUGUCGCAGUUCCCUGCAGUUCGCUGCUGAUUUUAGAUAACAGCCGAUUCUCUUUCUCCCUCUGUGUUGUCGCUCUGAUAGAACGGGUGCUUAAUGUGCCGCUGUCAUGGCAGCCGCAGUAACAACGAUGGCACACAUCUCCGAAGGACCACUACAACCACUCCUCGACUUGAUUUCCAGCCGCCCCUCAGCACACAUUUGCUUCGUCAUGGCCGCUUCUGUUGCUAUUUAUAGCUUCUCUGUGCUAUUUUCAGUUUUCAGUUGUUUUUUUUUUCUGUACAAUUUCUUCUUCUUUCGGUCCCACCAUUUCUCCUCUGAGGUAGUGUUGGCGUUAUUGAGGUUCGCUGAACUGAAUCCUUUAAACAGAAUCGGGUGAGGGGUGUGUGAAGUGUCUUUGUCUGCCAUAUUGCACGGCCCCAAGUGUGCAGCGGAGGAGAGCUGCUGUUACGGCACACACUUUCAGCCUGCUGUGGAUGAGACAUAGAUGCAGAUGUGCUUCCUCUUCAUCUUAUCCAGCCUGGUGGGCUACCAGAACAGGAAGUCAAGCAUCAUAAAGGAGAAUGCCACUCAAUCCAAGACCGUGCAUAAUGUUAUUUCUGCAGGCAGCAAAGUAAUAAUUGGAUAUCUCAGUUAAACCGGUCAUUCUCUUAUACGGCUUCAGCUAUCAGCUGUUUGAACAAUAACUCACCUCUUAUGGCAACAUUUACGGCGAACAAAAUCUUCUCUAAGGUUGUACAUCUCUGCAGCAUUGAGAUGGACCCCUAUAAUCUUGACAGUACAGAUUUUUUUUUCCCAAUAAAAGCUUAUGGAAACAUGUGAAAGCUGAUGGUAAGUGGUAUUCUCCUUUAACUUUUGAUGAUGGGUAAAACGUGAGCCAGGGAAGGUUUUUCUGAUCUUGUUUUGUAUGACAGUGAAGGCACUGGGACUGCAGGUCAGGUCCAUGCAUGGCGCUGUGCCUCGUAGUGCUGCUCGGCAGGUCUGUGAACGCAACACACACAAACACACCUUCACGCUGUCCGCACUGAAGCUGCAACAGUUGGUUUGCUUCCAUUACAACCCCAAAAAAAUGACUGCUAUGUCUUGCAGUGGUUGUGGCCGAAUAUUAAGGCUUGAUGUGAUGCUGUUCUGUGAGCUUCUACUCAGGUCACUUGUCUUUUACACCCUCUAAGUGACUUCCCUCUUGACUUUUCUUUAUUUAGUCUGUCUUCCCAUCAUCUAUCACCUACUUCCAUCUCCCGGCUGAAGAAAAGCUUGCUCCUUGUUAUCUUUGGGGUGGUGUGUUCAGAGCGUUGGUUUUCCACAAUGACCAAUGUUUCCAUGUAGCCUAAAAAAAUCUAUUGUGAUUUCAUUCAACCAGAAUUCCUUGCUCCAAGUGUUUGCUAACUGGAGACGAU